GGUGCUGUUCCUGUACCUCCCUCUGCGUCCCCACCUCUCUCUUUCACUCUCUCACCACUCUCAAUUGACCAAUAUGUUCCGUGUUGUGAGCCGUACUGGAGGAAGUGCUGUUGUGCGUGGCCUCAGCAGCGCAGCUGGAUGCCUUGGAAGCGGGACAGGCAGUGCAGCUUCGGACAUGGACAAACUGGAGUUCCUCCUGAACGACGACGGAGAUGCUCUGGACGUUCUCUCCCAGCGGAAGAAAGACCACAUUGACAUCUGCCUCAACAAGGAUGUCGAGCCUGCAGAGUGCUCCCUCGACAACUAUCGCCUUCCCUACAAGGCGCUGCCGGAGAUCGACAUGAAUGCAGUCAGCACCGAGACCAAGCUGUUCGACUGGGACAUCGCCAUGCCGUUUAUCGUGUCGUCAAUGACCGGCGGUGAGGAGCACGGGCGGACGAUCAACACCAAUGUGGCCAAGGCGUGCAACAAGAUGGGCGUCCCGUUCGGCCUCGGUUCGAUGCGAAUCAUCAACCGCUACCCGCAGAUGGUCGAGUCGUUUGACGUCAAGGAGCAUGCGCCGGACGUGCCGAUGUUUGCCAACAUUGGCAUUGUGCAGCUCAACUACGGGUUUGGCGCGGACGAGAUCGCCAACAUUAUCGACUCGGUCGGCGCGGACGGCCUGUUUAUCCAUGUCAACCCGCUGCAGGAGGCUGUUCAGCCCGAGGGCGACGUCAACUUUGCCGGCCUCCUCUCCAAGCUCGAGGAGCUGCUGCCCAAGAUCUCGGUUCCGGUCAUCGUCAAGGAGGUCGGCCACGGCAUGGACCCCGAGUCGGCCGAGGCCCUUGCCCAGAUCGGCGUCAAGGUCAUCGACGUGGCAGGCGUCGGCGGCUCGUCGUGGUCGUGGAUCGAGGGCUACCGCCAGCCCAACUACGACCCGGAGACCAACCUCGGGUACAUUACCCGCGACAUGGGCCUCCCCACCGACCAGUCCAUCAUCUCCUGCCGCGACAUCGAGGGUCUGCAGCUCAUCGCCGGUGGCGGCAUCCGCAACGGCAUUCAGAUCGCCAAGGCGCUCACCCUCGGCGCCUCGUACGCCACUGCCGCCAAGCCCUUCCUCGACGCCUCGCUCGAGUCGGCCGACGCCGUCGAGGCUCUUCUCCGCCGCAUGCAGAAGGAGCUCCAGGUCGCCAUGUUCUCCACCGGCUCGGCAACCAUCGACGAGCUCAAGACCGUCAACGCCAUUCGCCUUUGACGCCCCCGCUCUAGCCAGCUGUAGCGACAAUGAACCCAGCGCUGCGCG